CCUCCCCCUGACUCCCCCCCAGCGUGCCGCCGCCGCCCGGGUUCCUCUCCCCCCCGCUCCGGCGCUCCCUGCCAAGCCCAUGAUGUAAUGGUGUAUGUUAAUCAGUAGCAUGUGGGGAGCUCCGGCUCUGGCGGCUCAGUCCUCCGCCAGCCGACACCGGAGGCGGCAGCAGCGGCGGCACCCGCGACCCCGACCCGCAGCGCCGCACUCUCCCCGCGCCGCCCGCCCCGACAGCAUGGCCCGCGGCCCGCGCUCCGGCCGUCCGCAGCCUCGCUGAGAGCCGCCGCGGUCGUGGGGCCGCGCGUGGGACCCCCGAGCCGCGGGGAUGAGCCGCAUCGAGUGGUGAUCGCCGCUCGGGAAUGCGGGCGUGAAGGGUCCGAGCUGCCGCCCAGCGGGGAAAGAGACCCCGGGACGCCGGAAAUCACCAUCCCGAAGCUGCGAGAAGGGAGGGGGCAAGAGACCAGUCUUCAUCCAGUUUGUGUGCCUUGGGAGGAUUUUUUUCCCCCUCUUCAGAAUCAUUAUUAUUUAAAAAAUUAAGGAAAAAGAAAGAAAAGAAAAAGAAAAAAAAAGAAAGAAAAAAACAUCACCGCGCUACUGCCCGUCUGCCUGUCACCAUCUCGGGGCGCGCAGCUAGAAGCACCCGCACGUCUCUGAACCCCGGCGGAGAGGCGGGAGCCCAGGCGUACCUGCAGCGUCCGGGCGACAGAGCCACCUUGGAAGCUGAUUGUGGCUCCGGCGGCCGCGAGGCUGCGGCUCCGCCAAACUUUGGGGCGGGCGGGGCGGACUGGGACAGCGAGGGGGCCUUGUAGACUGAGGGCCGCCCCCUAACCAUGAUGUUUCGCGACCAGGUCGGGGUGCUGGCCGGUUGGUUUAAGGGCUGGAACGAGUGCGAGCAGACUGUUGCGCUGCUGUCGCUGCUCAAGCGCGUGAGCCAGACCCAGGCCCGCUUCCUCCAGCUCUGCCUGGAGCACUCGCUGGCCGACUGCGCCGAGCUGCACGUCCUGGAAGGCGAGGCUAACAGCCCCGGAAUCAUUAACCAAUGGCAGCAGGAAUCCAAGGAUAAAGUGAUUUCCCUCCUGUUAACUCACCUGCCUUUGCUGAAGCCGGGAAACCUUGAUGCAAAAGUAGAGUAUAUGAAACUGCUGCCCAAAAUCCUGGCGCACUCUAUUGAACACAACCAGCACAUCGAGGAGAGCAGGCAGCUGCUGUCCUACGCUUUGAUACAUCCGGCCACAUCAUUGGAAGACCGCAGUGCUUUAGCCAUGUGGCUGAACCACUUGGAGGACCGCACGUCCACCAGCUUUGGCAGCCAGAACCGAGGCCGCUCAGACUCUCUGGAUUAUGGGCAGACACACUACUAUCACCAAAGACAGAACUCUGAUGACAAGCUCAAUGGGUGGCAGAACUCUAGGGAUUCUGGGAUUUGCAUCAAUGCCUCCAACUGGCAGGACAAAAGCCUGGGGUGUGAGAAUGGCCAUGUGCCCCUCUACUCCUCCUCAUCCGUCCCCACCACAAUCAAUACCAUUGGAACCAGCACAAGUACAAUUCUCUCAGGCCAGGCACACCACAGCCCUUUGAAACGAUCUGUGUCCCUUACCCCACCCAUGAAUGUGCCAAACCAGCCUCUAGGACAUGGAUGGAUGUCUCAUGAGGACUUACGAGCUAGAGGACCUCAGUGCCUCCCAUCCGAUCAUGCCCCCCUGUCUCCACAAAGCAGUGUAGCCUCUUCGGGAAGUGGUGGGAGUGAACACUUAGAAGAUCAGACCACUGCUCGUAACACAUUCCAAGAAGAAGGUAGUGGUAUGAAAGAUGUUCCAGCCUGGCUCAAAAGCCUCCGCCUGCACAAGUACGCUGCGCUUUUCUCACAGAUGACCUAUGAGGAGAUGAUGGCCCUCACUGAGUGCCAGCUGGAGGCUCAGAAUGUUACCAAAGGUGCAAGACACAAAAUUGUCAUCAGUAUUCAGAAGCUCAAGGAAAGACAAAACCUCCUGAAGUCUUUGGAAAGGGAUAUCAUCGAAGGGGGAAACCUGCGUGCCCCACUCCAGGAACUGCACCAGAUGAUCCUGACUCCCAUCAAGGCCUACAGCUCCCCGAGCACCACCCCAGAGACUCGCCACCGAGAGCCCCCCACCUCGCAGCCUUCACUGAUGGGACCUGAGAGCCAGAGGCCAGACUGUAAAGAUGGUGGGGCCGGCCCGGGGGCCACAGGCUCUGCGGGAGCCAGCGGCGGGCUGCAACCACACCAGCUGAGCAGCUGUGAUGGGGAGCUGGCCAUCGCUCCCCUGCCGGAGGGGGACCUCCCAGGACAGUUUACACGUGUCAUGGGGAAAGUGUGCACGCAGCUUUUGGUCUCCAGACCUGAUGAGGAAAAUAUAAGUUCCUACUUGCAGCUCAUAGACAAGUGUCUGAUUCAUGAGGCAUUUACAGAGACCCAGAAAAAAAGAUUGUUGUCAUGGAAACAGCAGGUGCAGAAGCUCUUUCGGUCUUUCCCUCGGAAAACCCUUCUAGACAUAUCAGGAUAUCGACAGCAAAGAAAUCGCGGCUUUGGGCAGUCCAACUCGCUGCCGACGGCUGGCUCUGUGGGCGGCGGCAUGGGCAGACGGAACCCACGCCAGUACCAGAUCCCGGCUCGGAAUGUCCCUUCUGCCCGCCUGGGCCUCUUGGGCACCAGCGGGUUUGUCAGCUCCGCACAGCGCAACACGGCGGCCAACCCCACCAUCAUGAAACAAGGCAGACAGAACCUCUGGUUUGCCAACCCCGGGGGCAGUAACAGCAUGCCCAGCCGCACCCACAGCUCUGUGCAGAGGACCCGCUCACUGCCUGUGCACACGUCUCCACAGAACAUGCUGAUGUUCCAGCAGCCAGAGUUCCAGCUUCCUGUGACCGAACCCGACAUCAACAACAGGCUGGAGUCGCUGUGCCUCAGCAUGACGGAGCACGCCCUGGGAGACGGGGUUGACCGGACCUCCACAAUCUAGAAGCUGAAGACGAGAGUGGCCUCGCUGGCCGUGAACCGACCGCUGCAGGCCCAGUGUCAGCCAUCUGCGUGGCCGCUCUCUCUCUCUCUUCCGGAUGUUCUGCAGCCUUCCCCGGUCCCUCUCCCAUUUUGAUUUUGUGAGAGCAUAGGUCGUCCUUGUAAACAUA